ACACAGUGGGAGGCCACAAUGAAGUUCGAGAACAUUUUAGCCGACAUUAAUGGAUUUGGAAGAUUUCAAAAAAUGAUCAUUGUGAUCAGUUUCAUUGGCCGCUUCACAAUGCCCUGCCACUUCAUGCUAAACAACUUCAUAGCGGCUAUUCCUUCUCACCACUGCGACAUCAGCUCUCUGGAUGACGAAGGUUUUUUUAGGAAUUUAUCCCAGGCAGAAAGGCUUGCUGUAAGUAUUCCAGUCGAGGAGGAUGGGAGUCUGAACUCCUGUCAGAUGUUUGCAGAGCCUCAGUAUCAUCUGCUGAUCAACUCUUCCAACAUGACUGAUCUACCCACAGUGCCGUGCCAGAAUGGGUGGGUGUACGAUAACACCACCUUCAAGUCUACACUGACCUCACAGUGGGACCUGGUGUGUGAUAGAAGAGGGGAAAACAAAGCAACUGCUACCAUCUUCUUUGUUGGAGUGAUGUUUGGUGCAAUAACUUUUGGAAGUCUGAGUGACAGGUUUGGCCGAAGGAUCAUGCUGCUGGUGUCGUAUGUGUCUGGAAUGCUCAUUGCUAUUGCAAGUGCUUUUUCUACAUCCUAUGUGAUGUUUGCAGUGCUGAGGUUCUUCACUGGGUUUUGCAUCACCGGCAUCGUCAUUGUCACAACAGUCCUCAGUGUGGAAUGGGUGGACAUCGAGCAUAGGAAGCUGGUUGGAGUCAUCGACAGCUUAUCCUGGACAUUUGGGAACACAGUUUUUGCAGCUAUUGCUUAUUUUGUGACUGAUUGGCGGUGGCUAAUUGUUAGUGUCACCUCACCUCUAACCUUGGCCAUUAUCACCUGGAGGUGGAUGCCAGAGUCAGCGAGGUGGCUCAUUGCUAAUGGAAAGCUGGAGCAAGCUCAGAUGUAUUUGAAAAAAUGUGCCAAGAUGAACGGAACAGCGGAGCUAAUUGACACACUUAAAAUAGAGACACUGUCGACUAUUGUUGUAACCGAGAAGAGAGAUCGGCCUUAUUCAUACUUCGAUCUGAUACGAACACCCAACAUGAGGAAACUGGCACUAUGUACUGGUACAGUGUGGUUUUGCGUGGCAACUGCAUUUUACGGCAUCAGCUUCAACAUCACAGGCUUUGGGCUCAACAUCUACCUCACUCAGUUUACCUAUGCUGUCAUUGAGCUGCCAGCCAAAGUAUCAGUUUACUACUUACUGGAUAAGAUAGGCAGGCGAAACACUGAGGUGGGAACUCUGCUAAUGGCUGGCGUCUGUCUUGGAAUCAACAUUGUAAUACCUAAAGAUAUGUCUACUGUCAGAACGGUGGUGGCAGUCAUUGGAAAAGGGUUUUCUUCAGCUUCCUUUGCAACUAUUGUGCUCUACAGUUCUGAGCUCUAUCCCACUGUCAUAAGGCAGAACGGCAUGGGUUACAACUCCUUCAUGGCUCGACUUGGUGUAGCUGUGGCUCCUUUGAUUGUCUUACUCGAUGAGGUGUGGAAGGACCUGCCCCAGGUCAUCCUGUGCUCUGCAGCUGUACUGGGGGGAAUAGUGGCAAGAACGCUAUCAGAGACAUGCAAUAGGUGCCUGCCAGAGACCAUAGAGGAUAUUGAACAGCAGUGA